AUGUUGGAAAAGGGUAAUGAUUAUUAUGUUGCGGAUAUAGAGGCCAAUUCGCUGGUUCCAAAGAAGGCUCGCAAGCGGUGGCUUGUGGCCAUGAAGUGGGUGGUGUUCUGCAUUGUGUUGCGCUGUGUUUUCUGGUUUGCGUUUGACUAUGACUUUAUGGGAAGAUAUCAAGAGGCUGGAUCGAAAAGAAACGUAAUAUUUUUUGUUACAGACGGUAUGGGGCCGGCUUCAUUGACGUUGACAAGAGGGUUCUUGCAGAAUGAGAAGAAUGAUACAACAGAGAUGUAUUUCAGCGGGCUUGGCGUAAACAGUUAUUUGGUAGGGACUUCGCGGACGCGUUCGUCGUCUUCGUAUAUCACAGAUUCAGCGGCGGGUGCCACGGCGUUUUCGUGUGGCUUGAAGACGUAUAACGGGGCGGUGGGUGUGGAUGCAGCGCAGCAGCCGUGUGGUACGGUUUUGGAGGCAGCGAAGCUGCAAGGGUACAUGACGGGGAUGGUGGUGACUACUAGGAUCACAGAUGCAACUCCGGGGGCGUAUUCUGCCCAUGUGGAUAAUCGGGGACAGGAGGAACUUAUUGCAGAGCAGCAAUUGGGGGGGUAUCCUCUUGGACGUGUGGUGGAUUUGAUAAUCGGUGGUGGUAGAAAAUUCUUUUUUGGUAGUAAUGAGAGGAAAUAUGGAGGGGAAUACGGAGCACGUCGGGAUGAGCGCGAUUUAAUAGAAGAGGCAGUUGUUAACGGCUGGCAGUACGUCGGCGACACUGCACAAUUCCGGGAGUUACAGGGCGGUAAAAACGUUAGUCUUCCAUUGUUGGCUUUGUUGGCUCAUGAAGACUUACCAUAUUCUAUAGAUAGGGAUGCAGAGAGACAAGAUUGGCCCAGUUUCACAGAGCAAGUUAAGACAGCAGUGAGGGCUUUGACAGAGGCUACAAAGGACUCAGAUAAGGGUUUCUUUUUGCUGGUGGAGGCCUCCAGAAUCGAUCAUGCAGGUCAUACGAACGAUCCAGGGACCCAGGCUAGGGAGGUUAUGGGUUUUGAUGAUGCCUUUCAAUGGACUGUGGCUCACGCUAAGAAUUCCAACGUUGAAACAUUGAUAAUCUCUACUUCAGAUCAUGAGACUGGCGGUCUCUCCGUUGGAAGACAGCUAGACCAAAAUGAAAUACAAUACUACUGGGAUCCAGAAGUAUUGAGUCGCAUGAAGCACUCAUGCGACUAUUUUGGAAAGGAAAUUAUGAGUUUUAAGGAAUCCAAUGCUGACCCUGCCCAAUUGAGGGAAUUUGUUAGGGAGACGGUUUUCAAAGAUGGUCUUGGGAUUCGCGAUGUUGCGGACUCAGAUGUUAACCUAAUCGUGGGGUUAGAUGACUUUGCGCAGCUUGUUAAUGAAUUGGGCUUGAUUGUAUCUGUCCGCGCGUAUAUUGGGUGGAGUACCCACGGUCAUAGUGGUGUGGACGUUAAUGUUUAUGCAUAUGCUAACAAAAUGUCUGCCAAACAUCUAAUUCGUAAGAACUUGUCUGGUAAUCGUGAGAAUACUGAUAUAGGCCAAUUUGUCAUAGAUUACCUAUCCUUGGAUGUGGCAGCAGUUACAGAUAUGCUUAAGGACACAAAACACUCACCUGAUAAAGGAAACUGA